AUUGACUUUGGGAUAGUUUCUCAGUACUGUGUUUCACACCACGGUAGUAUCGCCAAUCGCGGCAUAUACAUAUUACCUACACACCACCGUUCCCCGCCCUUCCAAUUCAAUCCGGUGAAUGAUAAGGGGAAUAUAGAAUGGGUUUGUCAUCUGCUGCUACUACUACUGGUACUACUCUUAGUGAAGCCCUGAAGUUUUGCGUAUUUGAUUUGCGAAGGGGGCAACAUGAAGGAGAGGAACUUGAAAAGAUCUUGUUUUUCUUUCCGGCUGAUUUGCCGUUUCCGGCUCAACUUUCUGUAAUUGGGCUUAGCGAAGGACUCAUCAAUUUCACAAGAAUUUUUUCUCCGGAAGCAGCUUGUGAGGUAAUAGAAGCGGAAAUGCAUUCCCAUGUGUUCUUUGAGGCAGAGCCUGAUAUUUGGAUGGUAAUGGUGGUUGCAAAAAGCAAAGAAACGGAAGCUGUAUGGAGGAUUGAGGCACUACGCAGUGUUCUCAAGGAAAUACACUCUCUAUUCAUUAUGUUUCAUGGUUCGAUAAGGGUGUUGCUUGAUAAAGAACCUGGUGGAGGAUUGCUUCGUAGUCAUUUGUAUACUUUCAUCAUGGAUUACCUUAGUGAUUUUCUCAUGGGCACUAAAUUCCUGUUACCUAAUUUUCGUGACUCUUUGAAGGAGCGUGGGACUGUACAGAUGUUGACUGUUGGUCGGGAGGCUGCGAUUGAAGUACAGUCUCUUGUUGGAGUAUUAGAUUCAUGCAUGGGGAACACAUCAGGCUACUCAGUUAUAUUAUUCCAGGACUUGCUGGUCUCUACAACACUACCUCCUGAUGACACUGUUAAUCUGUUUUCGUACGGUGUCUUAAGGUUGACCCCACGUGUUCUAUCAUCUUCCGGAGGAAGUACCUGGUCUUAUCUGCGGAAAGGAAGCGUUUCUUCACAUGCUGAGUCAGCUUUGGACCGAUUACACAGGUUGCAGGAUGCCUCUUCUGUAGGAAGCGGCAAUUAUCGUGUUGUGAGGCCUUUACAGAUUGGCAAGUGGUCCAAAGGGAAGGAUGGCUUUCUUGCUACGGAUAUCUGGGGUGUAGAAGUUGGUAACUUGGUUCCUACCACACCGACAAUAUGGCUUCAGCAAACAGAGCAUAAGAUGUACCUUUGUGCUUAUCAGCAUAAAAGCCUUACCAUAAUUCUUCUUAUACCUGUAACCUCCAUGCUUAACGGGGAGGAAGGUAUCUCCAUGUUGAAGCAACAACUUCUUGAAAAUGCAUCUGCUAAGAUCUUUAAGGUUGAGGAGAAGCUUGCAAAGGGAUGGGGUGGUGAGAAUGCUUAUCAUGUCAAGGGAUAUCGCUAUCUACUAGUUGACGGUGACAGGAAUAUCUCUCGGGCUUCGCCGCCUGGAAAAGUAACAACCCUAACAAAGGAAUCUUUGCUGGCCUUGAAUAAGGUUCGAGAAGAUAUUGAUUUGGUGAAAAGCAGAGCAAAAGGAGAUGACGUGGAUCAUGAAAAGGAUCUAGAAAUAUGCAUUAGAGCAAAGAACAAUGCAUGGGUAAUUGCUCGCGCCACAAGAGGGAAAGAACUGUACAUAGUUCUUGAAAAGGCCAAUGAAACUCUUCUCUAUGCCUCGGAAGCUGUUGAGAAAUUUAGCGACAGAUACUGCAAUGGAUCAUUUUCGUUGGAUUAGGAAUCCCAGGAGCUACUAUGAAACCUUACAGUUAAAGUUCCUCCUAUACCGGCUCCACGAGUUUAUACUCGAUAGUACAUUUUGAUAAACGAGAUAUGCACAUAUCCAUCUAAUGGUGCAUCAAGACUGAAAGACACGGCUAGUUAGGAAGUUGUAUUGUCAUAGAAUCGAGGAAUGGUAGACAAUAUGUAUACUGUAAAAAUAGACAGGUAAGUUAGCCCGGAGUUCAUGGAACUUGUAAUGUAUCUCUAGGUGAGCAUGAAUUGUGUUCUGAUGAACCUAGAAAAUACAGUAUGUUUAAUUGUUAAUAAGCUUUAGAUUCUUGGCUGGAAAAGAGGUCUAAUGACAUUUUGUUUUGUACUGAUGAGUUGAUGCGAUGUUGUUUGCUUGAGCAGUACGUGGCAUGCGUUUUGACAAAUGAGAUUAGUGCAUCAACGUUUUGGCUG